AUGUUAUUGUGGUUGAAUGGAAUGACCAAUCCAUCUAUUAAACAUCCCAUGGAAACCAUGAUGGACGAAUAUCAUGCUAAUCCAUCUAAUAUCAUACCACUUUUGGCUGAGGAUGAAUUUUUUAUAUAAGCCAAAAACCUGAAUCUAAAAGUGAUAGACUUCAUCAGAUAGCAUCAAAAAAGCAUUGCAGAAUAACUCCUAUAUUUAAUAGUGCAAUAAAUUGACGAAGUUACAGAAAAAAACCAUGACAAUGUUGUCAUAUUCCCAAUUCUAUCCAUUGAAUUUUUUGAACUUGAUCUUAUACCCUUAACUUAGAUGAUUCUCUAGGAAACUGCCAUUAAAACUCUCUUUGAAGGAUUACAUAAAACUCCCGAUCAAAUCCAUGAACCUUAAUGGUCAAACAUCUAAAGAUUAUUCGCUCUUCUACUAUCCAAAGAACCUAAAUAAGUUUGUUAAACCAUAUUCAAAUUUGAUUUGCUCAAACUCUUCUUGAAUCAUCUUGAAUCAGCCACAGUUAACAGUAUACUCAUUCAGUUGUUCAACCCUGAAAAUGGUAAUUAUGAGGAUGCAAAAUUGGAAGUCCUUGAAUUAGGAUUUCGUGGUUUCAACGUGAUGGAAGAGAUGAGUGUCCUUAACUUCACUUACCUGAUUCAUGAGAUAAUGACUAGAUACUUUUCAAGUGAUUUAUGUCACAAACUUGUAUAAUUCAUAGUCAGUAAAUAAAUCAUCCUGUAAAUGUUUAAAUGUCUAAGAGAAAAUCAUGACAAGUUAUUCCUUUCCAAAAGUUCAGCUCAUAUCUUAUCACUCAUCUCCAACUACUAUUCCUUACAAAUGCAAAACAUCAAUAUCUAUGAAGAAAACAUUCCCAAAAAAAUAAUCGAAGAAAAUUCAGAAAUUGCUUACCAUCAAAAAUUAACUCUUGAUUUCGAAAAAACUGACUUUAUGAACACCUUUACACAAGAAAUGAACCUAUUUGUAGAAUCAUUUAAUCAAGUCUUAGAAAAUGAUAAUAAACGACUCAGAACUCUACGUCUUAAAUUACUGGAAAUUUUCGAUAAUUUAACAAGAAUUUCAAAUAUUACAUUAUGGAAACAAAUGAAUUAAUUAAAGUUAUUCAAUCAAAUUGUCUAAAUCUACUUUAAAUAUAAAAAUUCCGAUAUUUUUCACUCAAUCUUUGAGAAAUUAUUGUUAUACAUCCUCAAUAGAGCCAUUAGUGAUUUUCACCCUUAUUGGUGUACCAUACUCAUUGAAGAUAUCAACAUUUAUACCCUCAUUUCAGAAAAAAUAACCAUGAAAACUCCUAUACCAGGGUAUAUAUACCUGUUAGCCAAUCAUUUGACAUGGUUUUAAAAAGAAUUGAAUGAUAAAUUAAUUAUCGAUGGACCUUUAGCCAAAUAUUAUCAGCAAUUAAAACACAUCGAAGAAGUCAUAUUACUCAAUGACUAAUGGAGAAGAGUCAGUCCCAUAUUCAAUAUCACAUUCCAAAAGAACACUGUUAAAUUGGGAUCUUCAUAACCAGGCAGUGCAUCAAAUAUCCCUGUGUCAUCAGAACCUAUAAUACACUAUGGCAAUGAACAACAUUUAAACAAUUCCAAUGCUUAAUGUCUCUUCAAUAAGGUGAAAAAUAACCAAACAAAUAUUGCCAGCAUCUCCGGAGAUGAACCGCCUGAAUUUGAAAGCCCAGACAAAUAUGAAGAGAGGGUUUAGAACCCUUAAGUUGAUGAAUAUUAAUAUGAACCUAGAAAAUCACCUGAAAAAUUAAAUGUCUAAGAAUCUCCAAAAAAAGAUGAAUUUGUUAAAGUACCCAGCGAUCCCUCAUAAACCUAAAUCCCCUAAACUUAAGAAUAGAGAAAAGAAACAGACUACAAAUUUGUAGAGGGAGUCUAUCUGCAGUCUACCUUACCAACUAAACCCUAAUAGGCAGAUUAAUAGGAUGUUUAAAAUCCAUCUGCUCCCGUAUUUUCAAAUUGGCAAGAAGUUACACCAGAAAGAAACCAUAACGACAAGAAAAUUGACAUGAUGUCGAUUAGCUUAUAAGAUUUCGUUAAACCCAUGGAUAGGUUUAAAUUCUCCAGUGGUGGGAAGAUGGACUAAGAAUAAAAUGAAAAAUUAAUUAGUCCAAAUAAAAAAGUAUAGGACAUCAUUAAAAAAUAUUCAAAUAUGUCCAAGUCUGUUACGUUUGGGUAGGCUAAUAUGGGGAACACAAAGUAAACUGAUAAUUUAUCAUUGAUAAGGAAGAAGUCAAUGGAAUCCUCAUUAAGACUUAAACAAUUGGAUUAGGUUUAAAACGAGGAGUUCAAGAUUCUCAAAACAAAUAAACAAGACUCUAAAAUAUUAACAAGUGAUAACAAAAGAAUUUUGAUGGUUGAUGAAUUAGACAAAGAUCAAGAUGUUAGUUCCUUGCGAAAUAGCUUAGUUAAUCUGAGCAACAUAAGCUUUUCAAGCACUUCUAGCAAAAAGAGGACCAUCAAAUUUAAAAAACCAAAAUAAGCUCAAUCAAAUGGACAAGAAAAGGAUUUAAAUAGGUCAAUUCCUGAGGAGUUGUAAACUAACAAGAACAUAGUAUUUUCUUUAUAAAGUUCUAAUUCAUUAAGGGAUUCCUUUGUAAGUAGUUAAAGUAGCAUUACAGAGGAAAAAAAGUUUAGAUAAGCAAACAAAAAGGAUAUAAAAUUUUUAAAUUAUAUCAGAAAUAUUAAAUGA